AUGGUGGUGCUCGCGAAGUCGCCGGCGCCACUGGAGCAGAUCCCGCUGGUGAGGUCGCCGGAGCCCGGGGACUACUUCGCCGGCGUGCCGGCGGUCGACCUCUCGGCGCCCGGCGCCGCGAGGGACGCCGUGCGGGCGUGCGAGAGGUAUGGGUUCUUUAAGGCGGUGAACCAUGGGGUGCACGACGGCGUGGUGAGUCGGCUGGAGGCGGAGGCCGUGCGGUUCUUCGCGUCGCCGCAGGCGGAGAAGGACGCGCGCGGCCCGGCCUCCCCGUUCGGGUACGGGAACAAGCGCAUCGGCCGCAAUGGCGACAUGGGGUGGCUCGAGUACCUCCUCCUCGCGAUCGACGGCGCCGCCCUCUCCGAUGCCUCCCCUGCGCCGUCGUCCUCGCUCCGGGACGCGGCGAACGAGUACGUGGGCGCCAUGCGUGGGAUGGCGAGGACGGUGCUGGAGAUGGUGGCGGAGGGGCUCGGCGUGUCGCCGCGGGGCGUGCUCGCCGACAUGGUCACCGACGCGGCGAGCGACCAGCUGCUCCGGCUGAACCACUACCCGCCAUGCCCGCUGCUGCAGAGCCUCAUGCCCAACUGCAGCCCGACCGGCUUCGGCGCGCACACCGACCCACAGAUCAUCUCCAUCCUCCACUCCAACGGCACGUCCGGCCUCCAGGUCGCCCUCCACAACGACGCCGCCGACGACGACGCCCCCCACUGGGUCUCCGUCCCUCCCGACCCCUCCUCCUUCCUCGUCAUCGUCGGCGACUCCCUGCAGGUGAUGACGAACGGGAGGCUGAGGAGCGUGCGGCACAGGGUGGUGGCGAACACGCUGAAGUCGAGGGUGUCAAUGAUCUACUUUGGAGGGCCACCAUUGGAGCAGCGGAUUGCACCGCUGCGGCAGCUGCUGGGCGCGGCCGGCGGCGGGGACGGCGAGGAGCAGAGCCGGUACGAGGCGUUCACAUGGGGGCAGUACAAGAAGGCUGCCUACCUCUCACGCCUCGGCGACGACCGCCUGGCCCCCUUCCACCGGCAGCAGCCACCACCUGUCGCCAUGCCACAGGUCCAGAGCUCCAGCUACCCUCCUCCCUGACACCGGUGACACUGCACUGCGCCACUGGACGACGAAGCUACUGAUUAGCCAACACACCAAGCACGCAAUCAAUUCCACCCAUCGCUCGAUUCGAUCCAGCCAUGAUAUGAUCCACCCCCGCCCCCCCC